CACGGUUGGUGGGGUAUGAUGAAUUGAGGGGGACGGGGAUCAGGGUGCCUAGUGAUGGGUUGGCGGUUGCGGCACCUACCUUGGAUGUUGCCACAACUAGGACCGCAGUCAGGGACCGGGCAGCGCUAGGACUCGAAACCGUCAUCUGCAUGUGCAGCUCGCGCGAAAAAGGGUUUCAUUUCCAGUCUGAGGGACUGUCCAAGCUUGGGUUGUGUCUCCAAGAAGAGGUGACGUUGCCUGCUGCUAAUAACCCUCGCGCUGUUUACUUGGAGAUUGAGACGUUGGAGAUCAAGCACUUGUUGACGCCGGUUGGGAGGGCUGCUGUUGAAAUGGUUUGGUUGGGGUGUUUGGCUAUCACUAGUUUUGGGCCGUAUUGA